CGCUAUCGCGGAUUUUGGAUAUCCAAAACUGGUCAUAGUUAGCCUUUCACCCGUUCAUCGAUCAAUAAAAGCUCGGGUGUGCAGAGCCAAGAGUAUCAGUUGUUCAAAUCAACCGAAUUCAACAUGAAGCUGUUCGUUAUUGCCGCUCUCUUGGCCGUUGCUGCCGCCGCUCCUUCCAGCUACUCAACUCCUAGCUACGCCCCUUCCGGCUAUGCCCCGUCUAGCUAUGGAUCUUCCGGCUACAAGGACAACAAGUACGGCGGUAUCACCAUCACCAGCCAAUCUGAUGAGCGCAAUCUCGAUGGAAGCAGCAAGUGGAGCUACGCUGGAUCUGACUACACCACCCGUGAGGAGUCCCAAGUCCAGAAGAGACUUCAAGGAACCAGCUACGAUUCUUACGGAAAGGCCACUUACGAGGAUGUUUUGGGCAACACCAACAGAGGAUCUUCCUACUGGGUUUCUCCUGAAGGCCAGAAAGUCACAUUGACCUGGGUCGCUGAUGAGAACGGAUUCCAGCCCAAAGGUGACCACUUGCCCGUUGCUCCCGUCCAUGUUUACGAGCUCCCAGUUGCUCCCGUUCAUGAGUACGAGAUCCCCGUUGCCCCAGCUCUUCCCUACUCCCGCACUGGUCUAGGCUAUGGUGGUAACUCUUACUCCGCCAACACUUACUCCGCCCCCAGCUCUCGCUAUUAAAUUAUUACAAUGAAAAUACUAUAUAUAAGACAAUGACAUCAGUCUAUAUAAGUGGAUGCCAUAUUUCUAUCUGAGGUGUGCACAAAUAAAAAUAUUCUACGCAAAACGA